AUGGCUCCAAGCGCCUCGGCUCCUCGUCCUACGCACUAUAGGGCGGAGCCGGAAGGGGCGGGCAGCGGCAAGCGCCAGCAGCCCAGAUAUCUUCCGGGCCCUGGACGGAGCUCCCGACCCACCUCCGCAGCCCAGCCGCCGUAUGUAACAGACUGGGUAGACCCAUCUUUUGAUGAUUUUUCAGAGACUGCAGACAUCUCUACUAUUACUGCCACUUCAUUGGGUGUGAAUAACUCAAGUCACAAAAGAAAAAAUGUGCCUUUCACAUUAGAAAGUAGCAGAUUUCGAGCUGGAAAAAGAGGAAAGCUAUCUUCCAUAGAACAGAUUUACAGUUUAGAAAAUUCAAAAGAAUAUCUGUCUGAAAAUGAACCAUGGGUGGAUAAAUAUAAACCAGAAACUCAGCAUGAACUUGCUGUGCAUAAAAAGAAAAUUGAAGAAGUUGAAACGUGGUUAAAAGCUCAAGUCUUAGAAAGGCAACCAAAACAGAAUGGAGGAAAAAUCAGUGUACCUGACAAAACUUCUCUAGAGUUGCUCUGUCAAGGAUGUUCUGGUGAUAUCAGAAGUGCAAUAAAUAGCCUCCAGUUUUCUUCUUCAAAAGGAGAGAACAAUUUUUGGCCAAGGAAAAAAGGAGUAUCAUUAAAAUCAGAGGCUGCGCUGUCAAAAUCAAAACGGAGUAAAAAACCUGACAGGGUUUUUGAACAUCAAGAAGUCCAAGCUAUUGGUGGCAAAGAUGUUUCUCUGUUUCUCUUCAGAGCUUUGGGAAAAAUUCUGUAUUGUAAAAGAGCAUCUUUAACAGAAUUAGACUCACCUCAGUUGCCUUCUCAUUUAUCAGAAUAUGAACGGGAUACUUUACUUGUUCAACCUGAGGAAGUAGUAGAAAUGUCUCACGUGCCAGGAGAGUUAUUUAAUUUAUAUCUUCACCAAAACUACAUAGAUUUCUUCAUGGACAUAGAUGAUCUUGUGAGAGCCAGUGAAUUUCUGAGUUUUGCAGAUAUCCUCAGUGGUGACUGGAACUAUCGGGAAAAUUGCUUGACAGCAAAAGCACUUUUUUCUGACUUCUGCCUGCCAGCUUUAUGCCUUCAAACUCAGCUAUUGCCAUACCUUGCUAUGCUAACCAUUCCAAUGAGAAAUCAAGCUCAGAUUUCUUUUAUCCAAGAUAUUGGAAGGCUUCCACUGAAGCGACACUUCGGAAGAUUGAAAAUGGAAGCCCUGACUGACAGGGAGCAUGGAAUGUUAGGCACUGACAGUGGAGAUGAAGCCCAGCCUGAUGGAGGACAGCCUGCAGAGGAAGCCCUGGGUGAAUCCACUCAAACCUCUGAACCUGAAACCUGCUCUCUUUCUUUGAGUCAGAAUAGUGGGAGUGAACUGCCUGCCAGCCAGCCUCGGCCCUUUUCAUCCCAAGGAGACACAGAAGAAGAAGACAUAAUAAUAGAAGACUAUGAGAGUGAUGGGACAUAACCAGCCUGUUAAUCAGAUUGCUACUUCACAGAUUCAUUUUAGUUUUAUUCAGUAGUACUUGAACAGAGUUAAUACACUUCUCUGAAUUACAAACAAUUUGUGAAUUCUUCACUCUUGUGGUAUUUCAUCACAAGGAACUGACUCUUAUCUUGAAGUAAAUAGAAGAUCAAGCCUUCAAGUAAUCUAAUUUUUUUCUAUAGUAUUUAUUUAUCUUGUGAGUGGUUUAAGGA